CUGAAUUCACUUCACCAUGGAGGCCAAGGUUUUGGAAGGAAGCCCUUCUCUUCUCAUAUCUCAAUAUCAGACCAUCGGAGCAUGGGACACGGGACUCAGGCCCCCGACCCUGGAGUCUUGACCAGUGCACACAGCUGCCUGCCCUUUUGCCUUGUGUCCAUCCGGGAGCAGCCUUCUGCCAGAAGUCCAGUGGCUUCCACGAGAUGAGAUGUGGUCUGAAGGAUGGUGUGACUACAAGCGACUUCCAGGAAAUCAAGCACAGGGAUGGUAUCACUACAAGCGACUUCCACGAAAACAAGCACCUCCUUGGCACCAUCCCAGUGAUGGAACUGUUGUGCCAAAGAGACCGCCUCUGGGAGACAAGAGAUCAUCUCUGCUAGCCAGACCCGAUGAAGGAGGCUACAGUAGAUACUACUGUCACGUGGAUUACCAAAAAUGGGAUGAAGGCCGCUGUUUUUCUCAGAAUCCAAGUAAUGGUCCACCCUACAAAAGAGGCCCUUAUGGCUCCCGAUGGUCAAGAGAUGAGUAUGCCACAAGCCGACAGCCUGAAUACAGGGCCAUGAUAAACGAUUUUAGAAGAAGACUUUUCUAUUCUUCCCAUUAUUCAAGACAAGGAUCUCCCCAUAAAUGGGGCGCUCCUUUUUGGAGAGAAUCACGUGUGGGCGGGAAGGACUCCCUACACAGCAGAUUUGGCUCCAGUCUCAGCAGUAGAAGCAGGAUGCGCUCCUUCCAUCAGUCUCGACAUCGAUGUAAAGAGAGAGCCAUCCAGUUUUUGAAAACAUCAAGAGAUACUGUGCCUUCAGGUUCUUCAUCCAAGGUGUUAAAAAGCCCCAGCCGGCUGACUGAGAAGGAACAGGCUGAUGCUGCAAGCAAGUGGGCUAAUGAAAAUCCCAAGAAGUCAGAAGAAAAUCACUUGGCUGAAAUGUCCGAGUUUGAGACGGGAUCCCAGGCUCCGUUAUGUAUCAACCAGACAGAAGAACCCGAGUCCAACACAACAGCUGGCACAGAAUUGUGUGAAGACAGCCAGCUUAGCAGUCGCUCAAAAGUGAUUGCAUCAAAAAUCACGGAGAUUGAGAAGGUUUACCGACAAGUCUGUGAAACUUUCGGGAUGGUGGUGGAAAGGCUGGUUGAAAAGGAUCGUUCCUUAGAAAAAUCUAUACAGUUUGCAAUGAAGCAGACUUUGCAUGAAAUAGGUGAACAACAUGUUGAAGAACUCAAGCAUUUCAUUAUGGAGUAUGAUAAUUCUACUCCAGAUUUUGGAGGCCCUUUUUGA